AUGUCUGAUUUACAGAGUCGCAAGAUCUUCAAGGUCUUCAACCAAGAUUUUGUUGUGGACGAGCGGUACAAUGUGACCAAGGAGUUGGGUCAGGGCGCAUACGGUAUUGUCUGUGCCGCCACCAACACCCAGACCGGCGAAGGUGUCGCUGUCAAGAAGGUUACCAAUGUGUUCAGCAAAAAGAUUCUCGCCAAGCGAGCCUUGAGAGAAAUUAAGCUUCUUCAGCAUUUCCGAGGCCACCGCAACAUCACUUGUCUUUAUGAUAUGGAUAUUCCACGACCGGAUAACUUCAAUGAGACAUAUCUGUAUGAAGAAUUGAUGGAGUGUGACUUGGCCGCUAUCAUUCGUUCCGGACAGCCAUUGACCGAUGCGCAUUUCCAAUCUUUCAUUUACCAAAUCCUCUGUGGAUUGAAGUAUAUCCACUCCGCAAAUGUCUUGCACCGUGACUUGAAGCCCGGAAACUUGCUGGUUAAUGCCGACUGUGAACUUAAGAUUUGUGACUUUGGUUUGGCGCGUGGUUUUUCGAUCGACCCUGAAGAAAAUGCGGGUUACAUGACUGAAUACGUUGCCACAAGAUGGUACCGUGCUCCGGAAAUUAUGUUGAGCUUCCAGAGCUACACCAAAGCCAUCGACGUGUGGUCUGUCGGCUGCAUUCUCGCCGAACUGCUCGGCGGUCGUCCCUUCUUCAAGGGACGUGACUACGUCGACCAGCUCAACCAGAUUUUGCACUACCUGGGUACACCCAACGAGGAGACUUUGGGCCGAAUUGGCUCCCCGCGCGCCCAGGAGUACGUGCGCAACCUGCCCUUCAUGCCCAAGAUUCCAUUCCAGCGCCUGUUCCCCAACGCCAACCCUGACGCCCUUGAUCUUCUUGACCGUAUGCUGUCCUUUGACCCUACCUCCCGUAUUUCGGUCGAGGAGGCACUGGAGCACCCGUACUUGCACAUCUGGCACGAUGCCUCGGAUGAGCCGAGCUGCCCGUCGACAUUCGACUUCCACUUCGAGAUCGUCGAUGAUGUGCAGGAGAUGCGCAGGAUGAUCUAUGAUGAAGUGGUGCGCUUCCGUGCGGUCGUCCGCCAGCAGUCACAGGCGCAGGCCGCCCAACAGCAGCAAAUGGCCCAGCAGACCAAUGUCCCGAUCCCCGACCACCAGCAAGGAGUCUGGAAGCACGAAGAGCCUAAGCCACAGGAGGCACACUCUAACGGUGGCCAUCAAAACGAUCUGGAAUCGUCGCUCCAGCGAGGAAUGGAUGUGCAAUGA